CCUGACACAAGGUACAUCCAGGCAGCAGCGUCUCCCAAGGAUAUCGUAAUUCUGUUGGACUCCAGUGGCAGUAUGACUGGGCUGAGGAGCAAAAUAGCGCGAACUACAAUUAAUAAAAUUCUUGACACUCUGAGUGAUGAUGACUAUUUCAACAUUAUAAGUUAUUCUACACAACCAUUAUAUAUUGAUAAAUGUUCUAAUAGAACUUUAAUACAAGCGAACAUAAAAAAUAAAGAGAGAUUAAAAGAAGCAGUAAAGGAUGUGGAAAUAAAAAAAAUAGCCCACUUGGAUCGAGCCUUGGAGGAGGCAUUUGCCUUGCUGGAUGUGGCCAGAUCUGAUGGAGAAGGGACCCAGUGUAACCAGGCCAUUAUGAUCAUAUCUGACGGCUCUCCUGACACAUACGGGGAGGUGUUUGAGAAAUGGAACAGGCCAAAUAUCACAGUACGGGUGUUUACCUAUCUGAUUGGCAGAGAAGUGAAAGAUUCCAGAGAAGUCAGUUUAAUAGCAUGUGCCAAUAAAGGCUACGAAUCAUUUGUGUGCCAAAUUUAA